CAACUCUGGCUGCAUAAUUCACACAGCACUGAAUAAUCUCCGGAAACUGAAGGUUGGGGGAAACGCUGCAGGCCUACAAUUGCUGUGUGUAUAAGCCAAAGACACCUUGACGAAUUCCUUAAAGAAGGGAAUGGAAAACUGAUAAUCAACAACAGAUGGUAUAGAACAUUGGAUCAUUGUUUGACAGGCCCACUGGAGUGCUAGGAGUUUAGUAUACAGCCAGUACAUACAUGCAUCUUCGUGAAUGUAGUCCAUAUUGGAUGAGGAAUUCUACAUUUCUCUGUGGGUGACAUCAGUGAUAUUUUCUAUACCAUACUAUACUGAAGGAUUCUAAUCAUUCUCAUAUUUGUGCAUUGGAUUUAAAGUUUUCAGACCAAGAGAUUUUGACAAGGAACUUCUGCCUGUAAUUCAGAAAGCAUGGGAAAGCAGAAUAGUAAGCUAAAGCCUGAUGCCUUGGAGGACUUACGGCAAGAAACAGAGUUCAGCGAUCAUGAGCUACAGGAAUGGUAUAAGGGUUUCUUAAAGGACUGCCCAAGUGGCCAUUUGACUGUUGAAGAGUUCAAGAAAAUUUAUGGAAAUUUCUUUCCAUAUGGAGAUGCAUCUAAAUUUGCAGAACAUGUUUUCAGGACCUUCGACACAAAUGGUGAUGGUACAAUAGACUUCAGGGAAUUCAUCUGUGCAUUGAGUGUAACAAGUCGUGGGAAGUUAGAACAGAAACUACAGUGGGCUUUCAACAUGUAUGAUUUGGACGGCAAUGGAUAUAUCUCAAGGGAAGAGAUGUUGGAAAUAGUUAAAGCUAUAUACAAGAUGGUUGGCACAGUGAUGAAAAUGCCAGAGGACGAAUCUACACCUGAAAAGCGGACUGACAAAAUUUUCAAACAAAUGGACAAGAAUUUUGAUGGAAAGCUGUCUUUAACAGAAUUUAUUGAAGGAGCAAAAAGUGACCCCUCCAUUGUGCGACUACUACAGUGUGACGGCAGUAACCAACCACUCUGAGCCUGGUGUUUUCUUCUGUUUGUUUUAAACUGUUUAUAUACUGAAUGAUACAUAUGAUGAUUUAUAUAUUUACAACUUUUAUGGUUAAAUUUUAAGGAUUACAUUCAGUGUUGAAUGUUAAUCUGUAUUAGCUGAAGAGGAAGAAUAUGAGGUAAUGAAAGUAAAAGUGGUCAGAGUUUUGACUCAGUGUGACUUCCUCCGUGUAGUCCAAGCUGUCCUUUAUUGCUUCCAGAUUCGCCAUUCUUGGUUGUGCCUAUAAAGCAAUAUAUUGUGGGGACACUACUGUGGUGAGCUGUGUGACAGAUACUCCAUGUCAUUAUUGUGCCUGCUCAUCAGGCCACUUUCUAAAUGAUGAUACCACUGUUAUCUGGUAUAAAGAAGUUGUUGUGUUAAUUGCUAAGCCUGAUCUCAAUUAGAAGUAACAGUAAUACCAAUCCACAGUAACAGAGGACAGCAGGCAUAAUAAGGUGGAAUACUGGUCAUCAUUAAUGUCAUAACCCGAGAUAAUUUACUAAUAACUAAAUAUCCUAUUAAAACACUUCUCCUUAAGUCUUUGAUUGUGUGGAUUUAUUCAAAAAAGCUUUAAAGUUUUAUAUAUUGUUACCUCAGCAAAAUUUGCUCAACACUCAUAAAUGUAAAGCAUUUUCAAUAAGAUUUCAUGUAAAAAUGGUAAGAUUUUCUCUAUCUAUUGUGGUAAUCUUUUGAUGUAACUUGGCAGUGACAUGGAUCUAUGUAAAGCUCCACAGUAAUGCUACAGGAGGGGUCUGAAAUGUGAUUCCCAGAUUAGGAUCAUCAUACAUAGGCGUCUGGAAUAGGAGAAAUGCCUUGAUGAAUAGCAUCAGAUAUUAGUUUUGUCACUAUUUUUUGUUAAUGCAAAAUUCGAUUGUACUGUAUAUAUUUGAUAUUUUGAUUUUUUUACUUCAGUAAUUUCCAAGAUGUUGAUUCAUUUAGUUUUUGUAACAACACUUAAUGUUUAUAAAAUAUCUCAUAAUUGUGGGGAUAAAUGUGAAAUAAUGGCAAAUAUUGCAUGUUAUGUUAAAACAUUUACUGCAUUUUCUUAUUGCAAAUGUGUUUGUAAAAAUCUAUAUUUAUAGACAAUUGGCCUCACAAAUAGGUCUUUGUAGGAAAAAAUCCCAAGUUUGUUUUUUUUUUUUUUUGCUUUUCAUUACUUUUUAGCUAAAAGAAAUAUUCAUCUUGCUAAUUUUAAUUUUUGAAAUGUUAUUUUCAUGCAGUUAAAUUUAGGCAUUUUGCAUGAUUCAUGUUUGAAGCCUCUGAUGGCUUCUUGACAUGAAAACUGGACAAAAUGUUAGUUAUUUAUGAGAUUAAAACAUAGCAGUCAUAUAAAUGUUAAAUGGGUAAUUUCAGAUAACGAAAAGUCAGUGUUGAUAUGAAAGCCAGAAGGGAGUAAUGAAGACAUUGGUGUUGUAAUGAUUGUAUAAAAGUACUAAAAACAAAGCUGUGAUGAUCUAGAUAGGGAAAUCAUGUAACCAUAGAAAAUGUACCAUUUCAUUAUAUUCCAAUCUGUGAUAGGGUUUUAGCAACAAACUGUUGAUAGCAUUUGGGAUCAGUCCUAAUGAAAUCCUCAUUGUGGUUAGAUUGAUGAAUAAUCAAACUUGUACUAGACUGCAGGGACACUCGUGUUUACUGUAGGUUGUGUAGACCCACUUGUCAUCAGUAUAUAAGAAUAGCAGUAAUUUUUGUAUACCUGUGGCAUGAUGCCAUUUAUCAUUAACACCUUAAUCUGCUUCUCAUUGCUCCACUGUUGGAUUAUUUUCCUGUUUAAUUCUUUUGUUUCCAAGCCCCAACAUGAUACAUUUGGGAUUUGUGUUAAUUAAUUGUAGGCAUGGAGUUUGAUUUUUGUUCUUCUUUAAUCUUCUAUUCAGUACUAAAAUCACAUUAAAGCUGUAUUGUCGGAAAAUAGCUAAAACUAGAGGUACGGCUCUUACCCGCUUUGGUAUAUAUCUUCUCAAGUACACCAUAAAAGAUGUAGCCUGAAUUUUGGUCUAAUCUUUGUAACGAUAGAUGAUUUUGCCACCACCUAAUAACUGUAUACCUAAGCUAGAAUUGUCUUUAUCCCAUUAAUUACCUCCUCAGACAACAUUGAUCUUCUGGCCGCUUUAGUCGAUCCUCGCUGUCCAGUAUAAAUAUUGGUUUUAAGCCAUAUUUCCCCAUCAUGUAUACAUCAAUAUUCAAUGAUUUGGGGGCCGAUUGGUACCAUUACUACUAUUAGCUAGUCUGAUGUCUUUGUACCAGAGAGAUUACUUGAUAAAAUAAGGCAAUCCUUUUUUCAGUAUGUAGUCACUAAGCGGAGUGUGUUGCAUUUGGCUUUGAGGAAAAUGUAUUUGAAAUGAUUGUUGCAUUUCCAAAAUGGUGUAUUUUCAGUGAUGUAUUGCUGUAUCACUUUUGUAAAGCUAUAAAAUCAGUUCCUAAAUAUGUACAAGCAAGAUAUUUAUGACAGAUUUGUUGGAUAAGGUAAAAAUAAUAUAUUUUUCUGGGGAAGUUCAACCCUGCGUUGGUGUGUGUUGUAUAUGGUACUUGUGUCAGUGUGAUACCUGUGUACACCAGAUAUCUGACCUGUUAUCCUGUCGCUGGCUGAUUGGCAGCUGUUGGUGAGGAGGUAAACUGGAUCAAUCCCAAACAGAUGGAGGACAUGGCAUUCAUUAGUCUGUGUCACAUCAUGUUACUGUACUUAUCCUAGGUCUCAAGAAAAGGUUAUAAAGUUAGUGUGUUAUCAUCAUACUUUUGUAACUAAAUUAUUUCUGUCUCAGAUGAUAGAAUGAACAAAAUGGAAACAGACUUAUAAAUGACUUAGUGCCAGGAAAAGGUUUGAUGCUGUUAGGUUUGUGGAAGGGUGUUAUUUUGGUUGACUAGUCCAGAACACACUGUACUGAAGUGUGUGGAGGGGUGUUGUUUUGGUAGACUAGUCCAGAACACACUGUACUGAAGUGUGUGGAGGGGUGUUGUUUUGGUAGACUAGUCCAGAACACACUGAACUGAAGUGUGUGGAGGGGUGUUGUUUUGGUAGACUAGUCCAGAACACACUGUACUGAAGUGUGUGGAGGGGUGUUGUUUUGGUAGGCUAGUCCAGAACACACUGAACUGAAGUGUGUUGAGGGGUGUUAUUUUGAUAGACUAGUCCAGAACACACUGUACUGAAGUGUGUGGAGGGGUGUUGUUUUGGUAGACUAGUCCAGAACACACUGUACUGAAGUGUGUGGAGGGGUGUUGUUUUGGUAGACUAGUCCAGAACACACUGUACUGAAGUGUGUGGAGAGGUGUUGUUUUGGUAGACUAGUCCAGAACACACUGAACUGAAGUGUGUGGAGGGGUGUUGUUUUGGUAGACUAGUCCAGAACACACUGUACUGAAGUGUGUGGAGGGGUGUUGUUUUGGUAGACUAGUCCAGAACACACUGUACUGAAGUGUGUGGAGGGGUGUUGUUUUGGUAGACUAGUCCAGAACACACUGUACUGAAGUGUGUGGAGGGGUGUUGUUUUGGUAGACUAGUCCAGAACACACUGAACUGAACACCUUUCUUUCUGUGCCUACAAGGUGAGGCCUGAUCAACUGUACUUCAAAAAACGGCUUUUCAUUUAGAUCAGGACCCAGUUGUUCAAAAGGUGAUUAGCUUAAUCACUUGAUUAGAGAAAAUCUCAUUUCUCCUUAACUUCAAAAUCUGUUUAUAAUGUAUAUUCCUUAAAAACAGGUGGGAAGGGACUGAUGAGUACUAUUGUUUCAUAAAUUUUUGUCAAGUUAGCUUUACCACAAAUUAUUUUAUUGGGAUUUUAAAAUUGUUGUUAAACUGUGAUUAGCCUAAUUUUCCUUUGAACAACUGGGCCCUGAUGAUUAAAGGAACUAACUUUUCAAACAAAUUUUAUUGUUUGAAAUUAUGUCUUAUCAAAUCUUAUAAAAACCUUCAAAUGAUGAAUAACAUUCCAAUUCAAUAAAGUAUGGCAUUUUGGUAAAACUGGCAGAUUGUUAGGGUUAGUUGUCUGGUCAGGUGUUAUUGUAGGUGUCAUUAACAACAUCCUGUUAUUGUUUGUACAUUGUAUAGAGUAUCUGUAUGUACAGACAUAGAGAUGUCUCUCACGUACUUAAUAUGUAGAUCUGAACUAACAUGGACAAAUCUCACCUAUACCAAUGUUAUGAUAAUGGACUUGCCUGAUGUAACAAAACUCUACAUGGAUUUCACUAGGUUGUGUGUGAUGUAAAUCUUUGUGACCUCAACUGUACAUGUGAGUACAGCUGAUAUAUAUAACUAUCGCAACCCUACUUGUAUAUACAAUUUUUCAGUGUUAUAUUUGCCCAAUGCAUAUUUUUUGUGUUUUCCUUUUCAAACUGUUGUUAAAUAUAGUAAAAUGUUUUUUGUUUUUUUUUAUGACUGGGAAUUGUGUCUCGCUUGUAGCAUGAGAUUCCUUUCUGUAGGAUAAGUGAUUAGUGAAACUAAGGUAUUUUGAACCCAGAUUUUUUAACACAUUAUUUAAUUAGUUUGACUUGUACAAAAUUCAAUGAAGCAUUCUAAUAGUUAACAUGAAAAAAUGAAAAUUGGUAGGCAGUUUAGUACAAGCCAUGCAUAUAAGCUUGGACAUCACAAGUAGUACCCAUUGGUAGCUUAGAUGUGAACACUUUGAAUAUAAGUCAAAUGUUUUGGCAAAUUUUAUUUGAUUACCAUUAGGUAUCCAUGACAACAUGUAAAUAUUGAUAUUUGACUUUGUUCACCAAUCAUUGCUGUUUGUUGUUCAUUAACUCCACACAUUUCACCAAUCACCCUGUAUCUGUAUCAGUAUAUAUAUAUAUAUACAUACAUACAUGUAUAUAUACGGUAAUCCAAGGAGUGACAAUUAAGAUGUACAUUUCUUUGUGUUUAAUAUCAUUGAAAAAUGUUCAAAAUUAAAUGUCUUGAUCUUAAUGUAUUUUAUGAAUUAAAGAACUUCCUUCCCAA